ACCUACCAAGAGCUUCGGCCGGCAGUUCCAUCAUUACAGGGGAACUUUUUUCCUGGCUUGGAUGAUAGCCUGAUGGGCCGAGCAGAAGCUCUUGCCGCCGUGGACAUCAGCAAGUGUGGCCCUACCAUUAGCACAGGACUACCUUUGAAGCACGACAUGAUGUACGCCCAUCAUGCAGGGAUGGGUGGUGGCCAUGCUGGUUCCACUAGUCGGGUCCAUCACUCUCAAAUGGGGCAUCACGGUAUGGACACGAUGGAUCUGCUGGAGCCACUGUGUCCUAGUUCCCUACCGCCACUGACCCUAACCGCCGAAACUAACGCCGUCAGCUCUCACGCUCACCCACAGCUCCAUGGCCCCAUCUAUUCACACGGCAUGAACGGCAUGAUGAGUGGUCACCCAGCGCUGGCUCAGCAUCACGCUAUGGCCAUGCACGACACCGACACCGACCCACGCGAGCUGGAAGCUUUCGCAGAACGAUUCAAGCAACGACGGAUUAAACUCGGGGUAACACAGGCGGACGUGGGGAAGGCGCUUGCUAACUUGAAGCUACCAGGUGUUGGCUCCUUAUCCCAGAGUACAAUUUGUAGGUUUGAAUCUCUCACCUUAUCUCACAACAACAUGGUCGCACUCAAGCCCAUUCUGCAAGCUUGGCUGGAAGCAGCAGAGUCUCAGGCACGUAGUAAACGCCGCGACCCAGAAUCGCCAGGGGUUUUGCCGAACGGCGAGAAGAAACGAAAACGAACGUCUAUUGCCGCUCCUGAAAAGAGAUCACUGGAAGCCUACUUUGCUGUGCAGCCUCGACCGUCCGGCGAAAAGAUCGCUGCUAUCGCUGAAAAGCUGGACCUGAAAAAAAAUGUGGUCCGAGUGUGGUUUUGUAACCAGAGACAGAAACAGAAACGAAUGAAAUACUCGGCUAGUCAACUUUAG